AUGGAAGAACUUACGGCGUUCGUCUCCAAGUCUUUUGACCAGAAAGUGAAGGAGAAGAAGGAGGCGAUCACGUACCGGGAGGUGCUGGAGAGCGGGCCGCUGCGCGGGGCCAAGGAGCCGACCGGCUGCGCCGAGGCGGGCCGCGACGACCGCAGCAGCCCGGCAGUCCGGGCGGCCGGCGGAGGCGGCGGCGGAGGAGGCGGAGGCGGAGGCGGAGGAGGCGGAGGAGGUGUAGGAGGAGGAGGAGCAGGCGGAGGAGCUGGAGGAGGGCGCUCUCCUGUCCGGGAGCUGGACAUGGGCGCCGCCGAGAGAAGCAGGGAGCCGGGCAGUCCGCGACUGACGGAGGGUAGAAGGAAGCCAACGAAAGCUGAGGUCCAGGCUACGCUGCUUUUCCCGGGCCAGGCGUUUCGGUUUCUUAGGGUGUUGUCCCCGGAGCUGAAAGAUCGCAAAGAGGAUGCGAAAGGGAUGGAGGACGAAGGCCAGACCAAAAUCAAGCAGAGGCGAAGUCGGACCAAUUUCACCCUGGAACAACUCAAUGAGCUGGAGAGGCUUUUUGACGAGACCCACUAUCCUGACGCCUUCAUGCGAGAGGAGCUGAGCCAGCGACUGGGCCUGUCAGAGGCCCGAGUGCAGGUUUGGUUUCAAAAUCGAAGAGCUAAAUGUAGAAAACAAGAAAAUCAACUCCAUAAAGGUGUUCUCAUAGGGGCCGCCAGCCAGUUUGAAGCUUGUAGAGUCGCACCCUAUGUCAACGUAGGUGCUUUAAGAAUGCCAUUUCAGCAGGAUAGUCAUUGCAACGUGACGCCCUUGUCCUUUCAGGUUCAGGCGCAGCUGCAGCUGGACAGCGCUGUGGCGCACGCGCACCACCACCUGCAUCCGCACCUGGCCGCGCACGCGCCCUACAUGAUGUUCCCAGCACCGCCCUUCGGACUGCCGCUCGCCACGCUGGCCGCGGAUUCGGCUUCCGCCGCCUCGGUAGUGGCGGCCGCCGCAGCCGCCAAGACCACGAGCAAGAACUCCAGCAUCGCCGAUCUCAGACUGAAAGCCAAAAAGCACGCGGCAGCCCUGGGUCUGUGACGCCAGCGCCAGCACCAGCGUCGCGCCUCCCCCGCGGCAUUCAGCCUGCACGCCCUCCGCGCCCCGCUGCUUCUCGGUUACCCCUUUCAGAGCUCGGGAGCCAGCCCUCUUUCCGCUUCACUGACCAUCCCUUGUCCCCUUUCGCAUCCUGGACUUGGAGAGCCGGACUUCACGCAGGAACAGGGAUCCCACGAGGCACGCAGGCUCCGUGGCUCCUGCCCAUUUUCCUACCCGAGGGCGUAGAAUUCGGUUUUGUAGGAGCGGGUUUGGGGGAGUCUGGAGAGAGACUGGACAAGGGAGUGGUGGAACUGCGAAGUAUGGCUCACCACAAAGCUGCAACGAUGGACUCUUGCAUAGAAACAAAAUCUUGUUAAAAAUGAAAAAGUGAGCAAACAAAAAAAAUUGAAAGACAAACCGGAGAGAAAA